AUGAAUUCAUUGGAUUGGACCCGAAUCUCCAUAACCUUAGCGCUGGCUGGUGGUCUAGCAGUAGCGGCGACAAUACUCUAUAGAUAUUACUCGAAUGAACUACGAAAACGGCCCAUCAGAAAGGUGGACCUCAAAGACUUCAAUUUGAAUCUGCAUUUCAAAAAAUCAUUCCUGACCACCGCAGAGCAACAUGAAUAUGCGCUUCUGGAGAUGGAAUUGGGCACAAUUUUGGUGGAGGAAGGUGAGAAUUCUUAUUCCUUCACUUCAUGGAUUCCUUAGGCGGGAUUUUGGAGCGUUUUUGAGGCUAAUUUUUUGAAUUUGUUAAUUGGCGCCAAAUUUUGGCAUUGUGUUUCAAGGCCUGAAAUUACGAAAAAUUACUGUUAAUGGCUCAAAAGACACCCUGAAGACUUAUUAGAUCCGAUUUUUUCACCAGAAUUUUUGCUUUUAGGUAACAUAUCAGAUGGUGUCUUUCAUCUAGUCGAAGGUCUUUUAUACGCUCCAACACGUCACUUGUUCGUCAACCUCUUAUCGCACAACAUUCCACAUAUCAAACCCGUCCUAAUGGACUCAUUACAACGGGCGAUUAACAGUGGAUUUUGA